AUGGUAUUCGAUGCGGGCGGCGGCUUCUGGCUGGUGCACAGCGUGCCUCGUUUCCCGUUCGCCCGGAACAGCAGCGAGCCCUACACCUACCCGGCCUAUGCCAAGAGCUACGGCCAGUCGUUCAUCUGCUUGAGCCUCAGCGCGGGCAACAUCGAGACGGUGGCCGAGGGUCUGCUGCUGAGCAAGCCGUACGUCUACGACUCGAACCUGCCCGCCGCUCUCACCCGCACGUUCCCUCGAGUCAACUCUGUGCUCCAGAGGGAUUUCAUCACCCGGGAAGAGGGAAAGAACAUCUCCAUCAUUCACACGGCCGGCGGUCAGCAGUUCACCUUCUUUGCCAAGAACGAGAAGUGGGGCAAGGACCUGUGGUCGGAGCUGGUGGCGCCCAAGCUGAAGACCAGCCUGCUCAUUGAGACCUGGAUGAAUGGCGCCACCUCGAACAAGAUGCCAUCGUUCUGCAAGCCGGCACACCCCUACGACAACAUCAACGUCCGCUUCAUCACCGUCAACGGCGACGUCUCCUGGUCCGAGACCAAGGACCACUCCAAGCUCAUUGGGAGAGGGAGACAGUGGGCGAUCGCGGACUCGAGCGGCUCGGGCUACUUCUGCGUGGGGGACAUCAACCGGCAGUUCUCGCAGGCCAACCGCGGUGGCGGCGCUGUACAUCACCCCCCCCCCUCUCCCUCUCCCUCUUUUCCUCUUCUUCAGUACUCUCCUUCUUGA